AUUUCCUUGGAUUGUCUGGUAACGUAAUGGUAAGGACGUGGACUUGGUUACACCUAUUUUACUACCGUGCCGUAGAAGAGGAACAUGGACGUGACGCAGAGUGGUGGGGACACCGUGGAUGCCUUGAAAUUUUUUGCAAGGAAAAGGUCAGAUGCAGAGCCCGCAGGCAGUAGUAAGACUACUGAGGAAGUGGACUCUGUCCCCCACAGCAGUAAAACAGCCGACUCUGACCCUUACCGCUACAAGAUGGACUAUCCCUGCAUCGGAACCUGUCUGAUUAUCAACAAUAAGAACUUCCACAGUAGCACAGGGAUGACUGCUCGGAACGGGACAGAUGUAGAUGCUGCUGCUGCCAUGAAGACCUUCUCUAAGCUGGGUUAUAAGGUCGAUGUGAAAACUGAUCAGACCGUGGCAAAGAUGAAACAACUGUUGAGAUGUGCAUCCGAGAAGGACCACAGUAAGAGUGCAUCAUUUGCAUGUGUGUUGCUAAGUCAUGGAGACGAGGGCGUGAUAUAUGGCACCGACGGCGCUGAAAGGUUGGAGAAUCUGACAGAAUACUUUAAAGGAGAUCGCUGUAGGAGUCUGGUGGGGAAACCUAAGCUCUUCUUCAUACAGGCGUGCCGUGGGUUGGAGCUGGACGGCGGAUCCUGUGUUGAAGUCGAUAGUGUCGAUGCUCAAACAGAGAGGAUUCCUGUGGAGGCAGACUUCCUGUAUGCCUAUUCUACUGCUCCAGGCUACUACUCAUGGAGAAACACGCAGAACGGCUCCUGGUUCAUGCAGUCGCUGUGCGAGAUGCUGAACCGCUUCAGCGGAAAGCUGGAGCUGAUGCAGAUCAUGACCCGCGUCAACCACAAGGUGGCGGUCCACUUUGAGUCCUCCUCCAACCUGCCGGGAUUCAGUCGCAAGAAGCAGAUCCCCUGCAUCGUCUCAAUGUUGACCAAAGACUUCUACUUUGCUGAUUUCCACCCAUGAAUACUGCUUCGGGAAACCGAAUCAAGUGACUGUGCCGGCGUCACUAUAGUAUUUCAUUUCCUUCUAUUUUACC